AUGGCUACAGUAAAAAGAUCGUUGACAAGGUUUGAAACACCUGGAUAUUCACGACAGCAGAACUCUAAAUUAAGUAUAUACAGGAUGAAAUAAGACUCAUAAAGUCAAGAACAAGCCAAAGAGGCACGCUUGGGAUAGCUCAUCUCCCUUGCCUACCUUGAAAUCUCAUAAAUUUCACAAGGAAUUAUCUCCACUCAGAAAUGCAUGUUUUGGAAAAUAAGAAAGGAUCUGCUUGCAGGGUAACAUUUUCUCAGCAAAAAGGGUCCCUCACCGGUUCUAUCGAGAAGACUCUUGGCACUGAGCAAGCCCCAAAGCUUUGCAAGAACAAAUCCCAAGCCAGCAUGACUGGGCUCCUUAGGAAGAAUAAAGGCCGAGAUCUGAAAGAUCUAUAUGGAUCGAAAACUGGGAAAAAGUUAAAGAAAAUUAUUAACAGUAAACUUGAAAUUCGUAAAAAAACUUGAAGAUAUGAAAUAAUCAGAAGUCUCAAAAGAGAAGAAUCAGCCAACAACACUAGCGCUAACUUUUCAUCUCAAAGAAAGGGCAUUACCACAUGUGAUACAGGGACUAACCCUGAGAGGACUCUAAAAUGUGAGAAAUGCCUGAGUAAAAACCAACUAUCAAAAACCUUCUGCUCCUGAGAUUCCUCUCUAAGCCUCGACUACUACUCUCAAUCUGACCCAAAUAUUACAUAUAAGCAGAUAUUCUCCUUAUGCGAUCAGCUUGAAUUAAAUAAGAAGCUUGGCCUUGAAGAAGUUACAUGAAGAAUUUCACAAGUUAAAGAAAUCUUCCUCGAUUGAGCCACUAUCAUACAAGACCUGAUAAGGAAGUAUGAUGAAGAACAAGAGAGACAGAAGGAAAGAAGCCAGAGUAUUCUAGUUACCAAAUCAAAAGAGAUAUUAAAGCUUACUAAAACUGUCAGUGAUCUGACCCAGAGCAAUGAUAGUUUAAAGUAAAAGAAUUGAAGUCAUGAAAUCGACUAUUUCACGAUCAGAGAGUUCUAUUUCCCUAAAGCGUGUGAAUGAAGAACUCGAAGAUAGAAUCAAGGAACUCACUGCUAAAAUUAAGUAUGUAAGACAGCGAGAGAAUAAAGUGCUCUACCUCUUCUACUGUGCUCAGGAGCAAGGUAUUCCCUUGCAGGAUCUUUAUGAGGAUAAAAUCAAAAAUAUCCCAACUGAAAGAUUUGAUGGCAUGAUUAACUCAGAAGCAUCCCAAGUAGAGAUAUCUCACAAGAAUUUCCAAAAUGAAUAUGAGGUGGUUUAUGAUUCGGUUGACGCAUUCAGCUCUGCCCCAUCAGUCUCAUGUGAAGCCAGCUAUGAGCCAAUAGCUACAGGGAAACCUAAAGAGGUAAAGAAGCCAGAAUGAAUAAAGACAUUAAAUUUUGAUGGGCUCUCUGCAUAUCAAGUUAGUCCCACGGAGCAAAAUUCUAAUAAAACUAAAGAAUUUUCAGAUUUCUUAAAAGGGGAUUUCUUUGUCAACAUGAAGAGCCUGUCUCGCUUUGGUGAUGGAAAGAAUGAGAAUGGUUCACAUCAAAAGAUGCCUUCAAUAAUAGCUCCAGAGUGAGACUUCAACAUAAACAUAACUAAUGUGUCUAAAUAA